UAAGGUCAAAACAAAAGUGGCGAUACGGUUUCGUGGUAUAUAUUUUGUUGAAGAACAGAAUGACCCCUUUUCUCUUUUAAAACUGUUGUUGUUGGGCGUUGCUGUCCAAGGAAAACAAACUCUGUCGCCAGUAACUAGACUGUCGGGUUAAUCAGUUAAGACACAGGGUGAAAGCUAAAAUCAGAACACGGACGGGCCUGGGUGUUUGUAGGAGCACCGCGCUCGAGUGAUGGCAGCUCUCCACGAGAAAGGCCUGGUCGCCGGGCCGCUUGUCCCUGUGAGUUCCGAGACUACCCUCGCUAUCAGUGGACAACCCACAGAAGAGAAUAAGUUGAAAAGGAACGUUCUCGAUGAAGAAAAUUACAUUGAGAGCUUGGAGAAGAUCAUUCAGAGGGACUUCUUCCCAGAUGUGGAGAAACUGCGGGCUCAGAAGGAGUAUUUAGAGGCAGAAGAGAGCGGGGAUCUCGAAAAGAUGAGAGAAAUCGCGAUAAAAUUCGGAUCGUCUUUGACCAAAUCAACCCCACGACAUUCCGUGCCUUACAUCACCCCAGCAACGUUUGAGACACCAGAUGGCCGGCUGGGAUCCCCCUCGUCUUUACAGAACAAAUCCAGGUUUGGGACAAGAGCUACAGAAGAAGGUGAAAAAGAAACAGACAAGCAAGAAGAUAAAGAGCUGCCCACUUUAGAUUCUUUUCUUGCGAAAAACACGAGUGAGGAUAAUGCCUCUUUUGAACAGAUCAUGGAGCUUGCAGAGGAUAAGGAGAAACUCAGGCAUGCAUGGCUUUAUGAAGCAGAGGUGGAAUAUAAACAGCGACUGCAGGAGAAUCUGGCGUUACCGUCAUCUGAAAAACAAGCUAUCGAAGCUGGAAAAGCGGGAGUUGAAACGUGGGAAUAUAAAGCAAAGAAUGCUUUAAUGUAUUAUCCUGAAGGUGUUAAAGAUGAAGAGGGUCUCUUCAAGAAGCCAAGGGAAGUGGUUCAUAAAAACACACGUUUCCUUGGAGACCCCUUUAGCAAAGCCCUGAACAAAUCGCAGCUACAGCAAGCAGCAGCUCUCAAUGCGCAGUUUAAGCAGGGAAAAGUUGGUCCAGAUGGAAAAGAAUUAAUCCCACAGGAAUCCCCUAAAGUGAAUGGCUAUGGAUUUGAGCCAACUCCAUCUCCAGCACCUGGGGUGACCGAUUCUCCUUUCAUGACCUGGGGUGAAAUAGAAAGCACUCCAUUCCGACUGGAUGGCUCAGACACUCCAUAUGUGGAGAGAAACCAUGGUCCAUCUUUUAAGAUUCCUGAACCAGGACGACGAGAGAGGCUGGGUUUGAAAAUGGCAAACGAAGCUGCAGCUAAGAACAGAGCAAAGAAACAAGAAGCAUUACGGAAGGUCACAGAAAACCUGGCGAGCCUUACACCGAAAGGCUUAAGUCCAGCCUUGUCACCAGCUUUGCAGAGACUUGUGAACAGGACAGCCAGCAAGUACACCGAUAAAGCCCUGAGGGCCAGCUACACCCCUUCACCUGCACACACUGGGACCACAGGCUGCAAAACGCCAGUGGGAGGCCUGCCAACACCAAAGGGCACCCCCACACCAAGUAAUGCACGGACCCCCGCAUCUCAGGACCCUGCCUCCAUUACCGACGACCUCCUGCAGCUCCCGAAAAGAAGAAAGGCGUCCGAUUUCUUUUGACUUAUUAAAAGCACGCUAAAUGGAACUAUAGGAAGUAACACGCUGCCCGUCAAUGAAAAGGCAGGGCUUAAAUAAUGGAUUUCAAGAGAGGAUGACUGGAAUUACUGGACAGUUUUUUUUUCCCCUCAAACACAGAAUCCUGUUACAGGUUGGAGUUCGGGCGGUUUUAGAAUUCUAAGUGCACUGUGGACAUGGUGCAAUUAAAAAUUCGGAACUGCAAUCGGAAGAGACUGUAAACUAAUGGUGGGUUGUUUGUCAUUCUCCUUUAUGUUCUACAAAAGUAGAAAAUUGUUUUAAUCAGGCAUUAAAACAUUUGUACAGUGAAAAAGAAAUAUUUUUAUAUUCACUCAUUCUUUUUUCUGAAUGUUUAAGAAUUUAGUAUUGUAUUUUAGAAUUGUCUUGUAAUAUAUCAGAAGUAGUAGUGUUCAAAGAUUCUCAGACUGUUGUGUUUGAUGUAUUGUGUCUCAGCUUUCACAUCUCUCAUUCAGAUGGCCGGGCUGAAAUAAAAUCUUGGCUUUAAAGGUCUUAAAACAUC